AUGAAACAUCAGGAUGCUCAAGCAGGUUCCAGUGGAUUGAUAUCGAGGGCUAAAGGUGUCAAAGGUGGAGCACUCGCAGCCAAGGGCGAGAAUUCUAAGGAUCAGAGGAAAUCUGGCAAAGGAAAAGGAUCAGGUCACCCCAAAAGGUCUGGCGAGGGCAAUGACUGUCACAAAGAAGGACACUGGGAGUACGAGUGUCGCGAAAAGCUCAAGGACCUGUCAAAAAGGUAUGAAGACGGAAAAAAAGGCUGGAAUGCUCGGGGUGGGGCUCUGAUGACGCACCUACUGGCCUCGAUACAGACAUCGGAGAGUCCUACAGAGAACUGGUAUCUAGGCUCAGCAGCUUCGAGCCACAUGUCAUCAAGGAGAGACUGGUUUGCCAAUCUGAAGUAUUUAAACAACCCAGAGAGGAUUGUCAUUGGUGAUGGAAAGGUCAUAACAGGGGUAGGACGAGAUAAUAUCAAUAUUUUGGCCUACAAUGGUGAAAAGUGGGUGGAAAAACAUAUCCAGAACACACUAUACGUCCCUGAACUAAAGUUCAAUCUGUUCUCAACCGCAGCAGCUACAGACGAAGGUCUCGAACAUGGAGCAGCCAACAAAAGUGCUUGGUUUAAGAAAAAUGGUCAGGUCGUAGCACUGGGUAUACGAAAGAGAAUGUCGUGGAAAAUGAAAUUACAGAUACUAACCCCACAGAAAGCAAUGACAACAGUGAGGAAUGCUCAGGAGCAGGCUCUGAUAUCACCCCUGAAGACAUGGCACGAGAGACUGGCGCACCAAAACUUUCAACACAUCCAACGUCAAGGAGUAAGACCAAGAGAGUAG